AUGGCACUGAGUCAAAACACUCAUUUGGAGAGCCCGCGCAGACUUGAACUUGCCGAGCUCAGACAAGCUGUUCGAGAUCUGAACACACGAAUUUCGGAGACGGCACAAAGACGUCUGCAGCGCCAGAAGGAGGCUGUUCAGCCCAUCAUUUCUGCACCGGUCAACAAAAGAUCUGACUCCUCUAAUCCCAGAUUCCCAGCGCUAGCCUCGCAGCGCGGCGAUGAUGAAUAUGGGAAGGUGGACGCCAUCGUGGUAUCGGUGGGAGUGGACGAGGAGAUUGUGUAUGCAAAGUCCACAGCUUUACAGACCUGGCUGUUUGGGUACGAGCUGACAGACACCAUCAUGGUCUUCUGUGCGGAGAAGAUCGUCUUCAUGGCCAGCAAGAAGAAGGUGGAGUUCCUCAAGCAGGUGGCCAACACCAAGGGCAGCGAGAACGCCAACGGGAUCCCCGCUGUCACCCUGCUCGUCCGAGAGAAGAACGAGAGUAACAAGACCAAUUUCGACAAGAUGAUCGAAGCCAUCAAGGACAGCAAAAACGGGAAGGUGAUCGGAGUUUUCGGGAAGGACAAGUUCCCCGGAGAGUUCAUGAAGUCCUGGAACGACUGCCUGAAUAAGGAGGGGCUGGAGAAGGUGGAUAUGAGCGCUACAGUCGCCUACACCCUGGCGGUGAAGGAGGAUGGGGAAUUGAACGCCAUGAAGAAAGCAGCCACCAUCACCUCCGAGGUCUUCAAUAAGUUCUUCAAGGAGCGCGUGAUGGAGAUUGUGGACGCUGACGAGAAAGUACGGCACAGCAAGCUAGCGGAGUCAGUGGAGAAGGCGAUUGAGGAGAAGAAGUACCUGGCUGGAGCGGACCCAUCCACGGUGGAGAUGUGCUACCCGCCCAUCAUCCAGAGCGGAGGCAACUACAACCUCAAGUUCAGCGUGGUCAGUGAUAAGAACCACAUGCACUUUGGGGCCAUCACGUGUGCGAUGGGUAUCCGCUACAAGUCGUACUGCUCCAACAUCGUGCGCACCCUGAUGGUCGACCCACCCCAGGAGAUGCAGGACACCUAUAACUUCCUGCUGCAGAUCGAGGACGAGCUGCUGAAAGAGAUGAAGAACGGUGCCAAGAUCGCCGAUAUUUACCAGAACGUUAUGGCUUUCGUCAAACAGGAGAAGCCAGAACUGAUGACUAAGAUCACCAAGAACCUGGGGUUUGCCAUGGGUAUUGAAUUCCGGGAAGGAUCCCUCGUGAUUAACGCCAAGAACCAGUAUCGGCUCAAAAAGGGGAUGAUGUUCAGCAUCAACUUGGGGUUCUCCGGCAUGGAGAACAAGGAGGGCAAAACGCCGGAGGAGAAAACCUACGCUCUGUUCAUCGGAGACACCGUGCAGAUCAACGAGGAAGGGCCGGCGUCCGUCAUCACUACCGUGAAGAAAAAGAUCAAAAACGUCGGCAUCUUCUUAAAGAAUGAAGAUGAGGAGGAGGAGGAGGAACUGAAGGAUGAGGCUGAAGAUUUGUUGGGAAGGGGAGGGAAGGCCAGUCUGCUCACGGAGAGGACAAGGAAUGAGAUGACUUCGGAGGAGAAGCGACGGACUCAUCAGAGGGAACUGGCCUACCAGCUGAACGAGGAGGCCAAGCGAAGACUGACCGAGAAUCGCGGGGAGCAGCAGAGCCAGAAAGCUCGCAAGUCGCGGGACUCGUACAAGAACCCGUCCCAGAUGCCGAAGGAGCCAGACAUCCGGGACAUGAAGAUCUACAUCGACAAGAAGUACGAGACCGUCAUCCUGCCCGUGUUUGGCAUCGCCACACCGUUCCACAUCGCCACCAUCAAGAACAUCAGCACGUCGGUGGAGGGAGAUUACACUUACCUCCGCAUCAACUUCUACUGCCCCGGCAGCGCCCUUGGGCGAAAUGAGGGCAACCUCUUUCCCAACCCCGAGGCCACCUUCGUCAAGGAGAUCACGUACCGGGCCUCUAACCUCAAGAUGCCCGGAGAGCAGCAGAUCCCAGCCACCAACCUCCAGAACGCCUUCCGGAUCAUCAAGGAAGUUCAGAAACGUUACAAGACCCGGGAAGCAGAAGAGAAAGAAAAGGAGGGAAUUGUUAAACAAGACUCACUUAUCAUCAACCUCAACAGGAGCAACCCCAAACUCAAGGACCUCUACAUUCGGCCCAACAUCGCCCAGAAGAGAAUGCAGGGUUCCCUGGAGGCCCAUGUCAACGGUUUCCGGUUCACGUCGGUGAGAGGGGAUAAGGUCGACAUCUUGUACAACAACAUCAAGCACUCCAUCUUCCAGCCGUGCGAUGGUGAAAUGAUCAUCGUUCUGCACUUCCACCUCAAGAACGCCAUCAUGUUCGGGAAGAGGAGACACACGGACGUCCAGUUCUACACGGAAGUGGGAGAGAUCACCACGGACCUGGGCAAGCACCAACACAUGCACGACCGGGAUGAUCUGUACGCCGAACAGCUGGAAAGGGAGAUGAGACACAAGCUGAAAACUGCGUUUAAGAAUUUCAUUGAGAAAGUGGAAGCCCUGACCAAGGAGGAGCUGGAGUUUGAGGUUCCUUUCAGGGACCUGGGGUUUAACGGAGCUCCCUACCGAAGUACGUGUAUGCUUCAACCAACCAGCAGUUCACUGGUGAAUGUGACGGAGUGGCCUCCCUUCGUGGUGACGCUGGACGAGGUGGAGCUGGUCCAUUUUGAGCGGGUGCAGUUCCACCUGAAGAACUUCGACAUGGUGAUCGUCUACAAGGAUUACGGCAAGAAGGUGACGAUGAUCAACGCCAUCCCAGUGGCCUCGCUCGACCCCAUCAAGGAGUGGCUCAAUUCCUGUGAUUUGAAGUAUACAGAGGGCGUACAGUCACUGAACUGGACCAAGAUCAUGAAGACCAUUGUGGAUGACCCUGAGGGUUUCUUUGAGCAGGGAGGCUGGUCGUUCUUGGAGCCCGAGGGUGAUGGCAGCGAGGUGGAGGAGCAGGACUCGGAGUCCGAGCUGGAGGACGAGACCUUCAACCCUUCGGAGGAGGACGAUGACGUGGAAGACGAGGACAGCGACGAGGAUUACUCAUCGGAGACGGAGGAAUCCGCAAGCGAGGAAACCUUGGGCAGUGAGGAGGAGAGCGGGAAAGAUUGGGACGAGCUGGAAGAGGAGGCUCGAAGAGGUGAGUUUGGAAUCGUCUGUUCCUCGAGACAACUCCUGGCAUUUCAAAACUGUGCCAGGAAUCACCG